AUAAGGAUGUCAUGGGGACUAGGGACAUUUAUCUAAGUCCCUUCUUUGUGCCAGGCUCUGCUAUUUAUUUCAGCAUAUUGCAAUCGUCAAUUUGUAGAUGUGGUAGGCUAUGUGUACAUUAAAAAGGAAAUUGAGAGAAGAAGAAACUUAUGGGUUCAAAUUUAGAGUCUCACUUGUCACGCUAAAAUGGUAUCCUAAGUAUUUUCUCCUUUUCAGUUUCUUUAAAAAGGUAACCAUUCUAUUGAAAAUAAACAUUAAACAAAGUAAACAUGUAUAGAUGAAUCAUGUCACCUCAGACAGCUGUACUGUUUAAAGUGAUUGACAGGAAACUGAGGAUAAACAGAUGAAUUUGCUUGGCUCUAUGUAACCUGCUAGAAACCACAAGUUAUACCUAUGACAACUAGUGCAAUCUUUGUGUAUCAAGAAUCCACAGCUAAUUUGUAAUCAUAAUUUUCCAGUUCACUAAAAGCAGGAAAAUAUAUGGCAAAAUAUGACAGCACACCAAAAUGGCACCCUCUCCACUGAAGCUUCAGACUUCCUCUUGAAUUGUUUUAUCAGAUCCCCCAGCUGGCAGCACUGGCUGUCCCUGCCCCUCAGCCUCCUCUUCCUUUUGGCCAUGGGGGCCAACGCCACCCUGGUGAUCACCAUCCGGCUGGAGGCCUCUCUGCACCAGCCCCUGUACUACCUGCUCAGCCUCCUCUCCCUGCUGGACAUCGUGCUCUGCCUCACCGUCAUCCCCAAGGUCCUGGCCAUCUUCUGGUUUGACCUCAGGCACAUCAGUUUCCCUGCCUGCUUCCUCCAGAUGUACAUCAUGAAUUGUUUCCUGGCCAUGGAGUCCUGCACAUUCAUGCUCAUGGCUUAUGAUCGUUAUGUAGCCAUCUGCCACCCACUGAGAUAUCCAUCAAUCAUCACUGAUCAAUUUGUAGUCAAGGCUGCCAUGUUUAUUUUGACCAGAAAUGUGCUCAUGACUCUGCCCAUUCCCAUCCUCUCAGCACAACUCCGUUACUGUGGGAGAAAUGUCAUUGAGAACUGCAUCUGUGCCAAUAUGUCUGUUUCCAGACUCUCCUGUGAUGAUGUCACCAUCAAUCGCCUCUACCAAUUUACUGGAGGCUGGACUCUGCUAGGAUCUGACCUCAUCCUCAUCUUCCUCUCCUACACCCUCAUUCUUCGAGCUGUGCUGAGACUCAAGGCAGAGGGUGCUGUGGCAAAGGCCCUGAGCACAUGUGGCUCCCACUUUAUCCUCAUCCUAUUCUUCAGCACCAUCCUUCUGGUUUUUGUCCUCACACAUGUGGCUAAAAAGAAAGUCUCCCCUGAUGUGCCAGUCUUGCUCAAUGUUUUCCACCAUGUCAUCCCUGCAGCCCUUAACCCCAUUGUUUAUGGGGUGAGAACCCAAGAGAUUAAACAGGGAAUCCAGAGGUUGUUGAAGAAAGGGUGCUAACAAGGACAACUAAAUCUCUGAAUAUCUAAAAUAAGAUAACCUAUUAAUCAUUUAAUGAAUGAGUGGGCUGAAAAUCAUGUCUGUGAGCUAUAACCUCAGACUCGGUAUACUGAAUAUGUAUGUGCUUUUCAGAAACAUCAGUUUUAUUAAGUCUAUUUUUAUUUUUGCCCUUUUCUCAGAAAUAUUCUUGGCCCUCUCUCAUUUUAUUUCAUUCUUAUGAUCAUAUUUCAUCCAAAACGUUGACAUUCCUUAAAGCAGAUUUUAAAGUGAAAAAUUUAUGUUUUUGAACACACAACUCUUAUUAUGUCAUGAAUUUUAUAUUAUUAAAAAUACAACUGUGGUUAUUUUGUUGUGUCUGUUGUGUGUAAUGUCCUUUUAUUCUAAUUUUCACAAAAGGGAAUAUAUUGGAGAAAAAAACAUAGUAGCUGAAAUUUCAGUCCUCAAUCGUGAAAGGUUCCUACUGGUCUGUAAUUAGACCUUUUUCUCUCACCUUUCAACUAUAUCAUUGCUAUUCUCUAGUUCUCUCUCCGCCUCUCUUUCUUCCUCUCUCUCCGUCUCCUUCUCUUUCUUUGGAAGACAAGGUAAACUUUUGUAACGUGCAUUGCAAGACAGCAGGAGUUUUGCCCUGAGUCCUCACAUGAGUAACAAUUAUCAAUGAGUGUUAUUGCAUAAGUGAGAUUCCUGAAUCCUCCUUCCUAAUGUGGCUGUGCUUAGAACAUUUAUCUUUCAGAGCCAAUAUAUCACAGGUUUUGGUAUGCAAACAAAGCUUUGUUAAUGAGUUAAAGGAUCGCUAAUAUUGUAGCAUAUAAUCCAGCAAUAAUAUUGACACCUAAAAUAUCUUUGCUGAACAUUAUUUUUUUAUUAAUUGGACAGCUGCUAAGCAUGCACUGUGUCCUGUGAAUUAUGUUAGUUAUUAAGAAACAAAAAUAAAUAGAACAUUGUUAUUGGCUUGAGGACCUCAAAAUUUGGGUAGGAAAAAUACAAAUAUGCCUUCCAGAACACAUUCUUCUAAACUGUAAACCAGUGAGGAAUUAAAUAAAAGACAUGUAUGGGCAGUAAGAUACUUGACCCUGUAAGAAAGCAUUAUAUAUAGAGAGAAGGUCUGGGUAGUAGGCCUUGCACAACCACACGCACACACACACACACAUACACACACACACAGCACAAAAGUUGGGUCUUGCCUGGGAAGAAGUCAAAUGAAAGAAAUUACUCCAAUUCCCAUUACUCCUCCAAUACCUGAGAAUAGUAAGCGAUUUGUUUUUGAAUAUUCUUCUAAAAUACAAGAAGAAGUUUGGUGCUUCAGUAACAACUUACAAGUGUGUGUCACUUUGUUUUGGCCAUACAAGGAAAAAUUUUCAAGUAUCUAAUGCCAAGCCUGUCCCAAAUGUGUGGGUGUUUUAAAUUUAACCGAAAGCACCUGAGAUUAAGCCCUGUCCUACUCAAGCAGACAUUCUGCAGAGCUCUGUCCAUUCAUUUCUCUUCUCCAUCUUGCAAAAAUAAUAAUAAUAAAUUAGCACUUAAUUCCCCUGUUCCUGGAUAUCUCGUAACCUACUGAUCGAAAAAUAAGCACGUACAACAUAUAAGAAGUGAUAAUUAAAAGCAUAUAAUCAAUAAUUUAAUUAGAAAUUUCUCAAAAGUGAAAAGCCAUCUGUUAAGAUCCAACUAGAUAUACCUUUUUCUUUAUUAUCCAAACAAGGAGGACUCCUGAAAUCUCAUUCUCUGAAACAUUUCAACAUAAGAAAAAUGUCUUGGCUAUAAAUAUGCAUAACUAUAUACCUAUGGAAGAAUCUUACAAUUAUAAAGAUAUAACAUGCUUGUAAGGUAAAUUUAAGCUACCAUUUCUUAGGGUAUACUAAAAGUCUGAAAGUUUUAACAAUAUGCCAUAUUAACAUAUACUCAACAAAACACCAAACUUUGAGGACUAAGACUCAUGUCAUUGCAACAUUAAAUUUGUUUGUAUAACAAGAUCACAUUGUUUGUAUAACAAAUCUAGAUGUCUAUAAUGAGCUGUUAGAAAAUAACCUCGGGUGCCAGGAAAAAGACACAUUGAGGGAUUUAGAGUACAUACCACCCUGAGACUAAGAAAAUUUUCCAUAAGUCUCAUCUUCCAAAAGAAUAUGGUAAAAAGUUCAUAUUUUAAAAAUAUUUGCCUGAAAAAUCUGUUUUGCUUUAUUUAUAUGUAAUUUUUAGACAUUUAUGGACAAUGUCAAAACAAUAUCAGCAUAUAUUUACUCGACAAACAAGAUGAACAAAUUAUGGUUUUAUCUCACAAAAAUAGCUAAUAUUAAUGCAGAUUUCCUCUAGAACUCUGCAGUGCAAUAUGAGCCACAUAUUUAAUUUUAAACUUGUUAGUAGACACAUUGAAAAAGUAGAAACAGGCAAAAUUAGUUCUAAUAAUAUAUUUUUAUUUAGUCCAACAUUUCAAUAAUGAAAAUAUUAUCAUUUCAACACAUAAUAAAUGUAAGAUAAUCAUUAAUGUGAUAUUGCACAUUCCUUUUCUGUACUAAGUCUUUGAAAUACACUGAGCAUUUUAUACUUAAAGCACAUUUUAAUUCAGACUACCCAGAUUGCAAGCAUUCAACAGCCACGUGAGGCUAAUGACUAUGAUGUUAAUCAGUACCACUCUAGAAAUUUUGCUUUGGAAGUCAGAUAUGGAUAGAAAAUAAAGUUGAUUAGAAAAUAUAUAUUCAUCCUGUAAUACAUCUUAUAUCAUAAUAUAAUACACUUAUAUUUAUGUUAUUUUGUUUCAGCUAUAAUUUUUCUUUUUUAUAUGCUUUGCCAGGGAAGUCGGAGUUUUAGAGGAGAGUAAAGAUUUUUUUUUUAAUGUUGCAAUGACAUGAGUGCUAAAUCUUAGGAACUAAGGUGAGAAGAUUUAUUUUAAAAAGAAGUUUCAGUUACUAGCUUUGUAAAACAUAUGGUCCUGAAAUCCCACAGUGACAGAUUUCAAGAAGAGCCAAACCUAAGAUCCUAAGGAAAAAUGUAAAUGGAUAUUUACUCAUCACAAGUAAGGAAUAUUAGCAUUAGAAUAAUCAACAGACAUUAAUUUGUUAAAGGUUUAUUAGAAGGUAAAUAAUAAAUAUAACUUAUAAUUCAUUAAAUUGUUCUUUACAUCAUUUACAC